AUGCCGAACAAGAAACCCAGCCCGAAGGGAAAGGGGAAGGGCAAAGCCAAGGCUGCUCCAAGACCUCGAAAUCCUGAGCCUACUCCUCCUCCUCCUCCUCCUCCUCUCCUCCUCCUACUACUACUACUACUACUACUCAAUCAAAGGCUCAGCGGCACUGCUAAUAUAGCUAACACAGAGAGAAGAAUUAAGCUCAAGCUUAAUUACGCUGCACGCCCUUCAGCUGCUGGCCCUUCAAACCAGGGUCAGCCCUCAGGUUCGAAUACAGCAGCAACAUCGAGUUCAUCUUCUUCCGCUACAACUUCUGCUGCAGCAAUUGCCACUCCGUCCCCAAGCCCAAGCCCUAGCACAAGCUCAAGUUCGAGUUCUAGUUCAAGCUCAGGGCGUUCAGCCCCUACUGACCAGAACGAAUCUGCAGCUCCAAGGAGGGGAGUGAUCAAAGUUAACACCCGUAAUGGUGCAGCUUACCGAGAAGCUCAUGCUUCUUCAUCACCUGCGGCGGGCCCUUCUGGUCAGGGCCGUCAUCUUGGCACAGGCUCUAGCUCCAGCUCGGAGCUUUCAUCGCUACCAUUCACAUCCCCUUCCCCUCCUCCACCCUUUCCUUCUGAUCAGGAUGAGCACUCCAGCUCAAGCUCGAGUUCAGCAUCCUCAUCACCAUCUUCUUCGCCUUCAGCGGAAACUGUAGCACCUGGGACCCCAAUGCCUUCGGCAGCUGGGCCAUCCAAUGAUAUUCCAUCCUCGAGCACUGGCUCAGGCUCAAACUCGGACACAGAAUCCUCUUCGUCGAGCUCACCUGCUCGAACAUCUCCACCUCCAAACCACCCAAGUCCCGAUACGAUAAAGGUAGACGUAUUUAUCGCUACAGGUCACGAACAGCCGAGUAGCGACGAGUAUGAAAGCGAUGGCGACGGCUGUUCUGGCGAUCCCCCAAGGGAUGGAUCUGAGGAUGAGUCAAGUGGAAGCGGAGGCAGCAGUGGUUAUGAACCCUCUGAGGAAACUGAUGACGAUACAGUAUUUACCGGCUCUGAAAGCUCAUCAGACUCGGAGGAAGACGAUGGUAAUGAUGAUGAUGCGUCAGGAGGGCCAUGCUCUGGGCCUUCUAGCUCCUCUGGUCCCCCAGGUCCCCCAGGUCCCUCUGAUCCUCCUGGGUCCUCGGGUGUUCUGAUUACCGAUGGUUCUCCUUCCACCCAAGAGUAUCCAAGCGGAUAUGAGGGUGAUGAUGAGUACAAUUCAGGGCCGGCCGCUGACGGUUCCAGCAUUGUACGCGAUGAUACAGGGGCGUGGGCAAUGGUGAGUAACACGUCAGGGUCCAGGAACCGUUCUACAUGCCUUGCUGGAUUUGACUCGCCCAGGCUCGAUGGCCGUUCUAGACGGCCAAGCCGUCCUGCAGAUAUAGAAGUUCCGUUCAUCGACUAUAGCGGAUAUGAUGCUCAAGUCGGUUGUGAGGAGGAGGACAGCCCAGACUGCGCGGAGUUUAUCGGACCACUGAGAAGCUCAUUCCCAACCUCUGUUCAGCCUAUCGGACGAUUGGACACUCCUCCUGCCCACCCAGGAGGUGCCGUGGGGAAGCGCAAGCGAUCUUGUGACUACGAUGAGGAUGCCUCCGCAGCAGGAAUCAAAAGGGUGCGCUCUUUGUCGCCGCGUAUGGUUGUUGAAACAUCGACAGCCACAGUCACGACCACACGCUCUGCUUCUGAGCCUUGGCAACCUAUGGCCUGGACCUCUAAUUCCCCUGUUUCCGAUGAGCCUAGUCCGUUGAGCAACGAGCCAGUCGCAUACGCGAUGAUUGCCACUCCCGUGGACGACCUAACCUCAGGUGAACUCAGCCCGCCAAUCUGGCCGUCUUUCGAUCCUGAAAUCCCAGGUAUGCACGGCUCCGGGCUGAGAGCUCGUCGCCAUUAUGACUGGUACGAGCAGCUUCAUUCAGUAGGACAUGAGUGCUACAAGGUCCACCCUUGUACUCACAAUAUGGGGAGAGGAUGCCACGAGUGCCAUAGUGACUGGCAAGAGGAUUGGGCUCGGUUCUUCAAGGCUGAGGAACUUCUGCACGAAGCAGCUGCUGACCCCGAGAGAUAUCUCAGAGAGACAGGACUGGAUAUGCGUGAGGACUUUAUGGGAGCCUUGUUGCAAGGCGCAAGUUGGGAGGUGGUGGCACCUCAUCUUCUGCCUCCCGCUGGCGGGAGGCUUCGAGUUCACCCUAUGCGACUUGCUAAGCAUAGGCUGAUCCUUGCUCAGUCGGCAGCGCAGGUAUGA